AUGAUUGAAGCUGACGUUGAAAGCGCACAACUAACUUAUGAAUCAAUUGCAGAUGUUGAUAUACCUGAAGAAUUACAGCCAAUUAUUGACUUAGAAGAAUCUAUUUGGGCAUUAAAUCCUCAAAACGUGGUUGAAAUUGGAGAAAAUUUCAUUACACUCAUAAAACGUCACUUUUUGGAACCUACUUCAGCAUUAAAAAUUAUUGAUUAUGCCUGUCAGAAGCGUCCAAAACUAGUCUAUACUUAUCUAGACUUAUUUGAAUAUCUCAAAACUCAUUUUAAUUUUCCAAAGUUCAGCGACUCAAAUUUUCUCAACUCUUUACUCUUUGAAAAGAAUGAAGGGAAGAAUCAAAUGGAUACUUUCUUCCCAUCAUUAUUCCCUGAGCAAACUAUUGGUUAUUACAUUCAAACUGAUGAUAUUGACAAAGUUAUUCAGGAAACAAAGGAUCCUUCGUUCGAUUUUAAUAAACCUAUAGAAAGGAGAAAAAGACAUAUUUUCUUUGGUAAUGAUCAAUACAAUCCAAUAGAACUAGCAGCAAAACAUGGUUCAAUAAAUUGUUUUAAGUUCUUAAUGAUGAACAAACUCGAUUUAACUGAUAGAUUAGUUACUCAAAGUGUCGAAGGUGGAAACAUAGAAAUUAUUAGAAUUCUUCAUCAAAAUGGAGCUGAUUUCAAAAAUUCUAUAAGUGCUGCACUUUCUUUUCAUCAUGAACAGAUUCAUGAUUGGAUUGUUAAUAACUAUGGCUUCGAAGGAUUUUACGUACAAGAUUGUUUAGAGUUUUAUUUCCAUAAAGCAUUGAUUUAUUAUCUUGAAAAUAAAGGCGAUAUAAAUUUCAUGCAUAACAAUGCAACACCUCUUUGUAGAGCAUGCAUGAAUAAUUUCUUCAUUGUUAUCAAAUAUAUUAUUGAGCAAGGUGCUGAUGUUAACAAGUUUAGUAAUAUUUUAACACCUUUAAGCAUCGCAUGCGAUAAAAACAAUAUUAAUGCAAUUAAAUACCUCUUGGAUCAUGGUUCAGAACCUAAUGUCAAAGUCGAAAUUGAUAAAACGCCAUUAACAAUAGCAAUAGAAAACGAUGCAAUAGAUGUUGUUCAAAUGCUGAUUGAUAAAGGCGCAAAAGUGAAUGAAAAUGUUUUACUAGGAAUUCAAUUUAUUAUUUCAUCGGAAAACUCCUCUUUUAAUUGCUUGUGCAGGAAAACAUGA